UAGUAGCAUGAAUUUGUUUAUUUUUUUUUAUAUUUAUUCUUUUCUUUUCUGAGUAAAAGUAAUUACGAAUGAAACUGCUAAUGUCUAUGGUUAAAGAUUUACUCUUACGAAAUAAUAUAAGUUUAGGAACGACAAUCGAGUUACAAAUUUAAAUUCGAGAUUGUCUCGAAUUACGGUACCAAGAAAAUGUUCAUACAAUUGUAUAUAAUUCAAAAUGUGAUGAAUAUUAGAUGAGCAACAUUGUAAAUAUACUAAUGUUUUUAACCUAUAACUGACAACUCCGAUCAAAUUUUGUUUUAUAAUGGCAAAUUCGAGCAAUGAUAGAAUCGUAGUUUUAAUAGAUAUGGACUGUUUCUUUUGCCAAGUUGAAACGAAACUUCAACCAGAAUAUGCUGGAAAACCACUUGCAGUUGUGCAAUAUAAUCAAUGGAAGUUAGGAGGAAUAAUUGCUGUUAAUUACGAAGCAAGGGAAUAUGGUGUUACAAGACAUAUGAGAGGUGAGGAGGCAAAAGAAAAAUGUUCGGAUCUGGUUUUAGCUAGUGUACCGUGUCUUCGUGGGAAAGCUGAUACGUCAAGAUAUAGAGCUGCUGGUCGAGAAGUUAUUAAUGUUAUAAAGGAACAUUGUGAUAUAAUAGAGCGUGCUAGUGUGGAUGAAGCAUAUUUAGAUAUUACUGAUCUAGUUUCCAAGAGAAUGUCUACAAAUCUUAUUUCUUCGGAACAUUUAAUAAAACAGCUCUCAAACACUUUUGUAGUUGGAUAUUCAAAAGAUGGAAAGAAUGAUGAAGAAGAGAGAAGUAAUGGCACAAGAACUUGGAUAAUAAAUAUUUUUAAAGAUCUUGAAGAUAUAGAAGCACAAAAACUUGCAAUAGCAGGGAUUAUAGUUGAAGAAAUAAGGGCUGACAUAUUUGAUAAAACAGGAUUUAGAUGUUCUGCUGGUAUUGCACAAAAUAAGAUAUUAGCUAAAUUGGCAUGUGGAUUACAUAAACCAAAUCGACAAACAAUAUUACCUGCAACCGCAGUACCAAUUUUGUAUUCAACUUUGCCAAUCAAAAAAGUUAGAAACCUUGGUGGGAAGUUUGGAGAUGUUAUUGUUGAAUCUUUGAAUUGUAAUGUUAUGGGUGACUUAUUGCAAUAUUCAUUGCAAUAUUUACAAAAACGUUUCGAUGAGAAGACAGGAUUAUGGUUAUACAAUAUUGCUCGAGGAAUAGACAAUGAACCUGUUAAUAUACGACUGGUAUCUAAGUCAAUUGGAGCAUGUAAAAAAUUUCCAGGAAAACAAGCCAUUGUUUCAUUAGAUGUGUUAAAACAUUGGGCUAGUGAAUUGUCGGCAGAAGUUUGUGAACGUCUGGAACAAGAUCUUGAGGAAAAUGAGCGUCGUGCAACAUUAAUAACUAUACAUUAUCAGUAUUAUCAAAACAGAACUACAAUAUCUCAAUCACGUUCAUGUACUUUAAAUUCAUAUAAGCCAGAAAAUAUGGCAACUCGUUGUGUACAAAUUGUAUCAAAAUCAACACAAUGUCCAAUUGCAUUUUUGGGUAUAUCAGCUGGUAAAUUUAUACUGGCUAAAGGUAGUGACAAUUUUCGGAAUUUCUUUAAAUUAAACGAAUUAGAAUCUCGUAAAAAAAUAGUUGUACAAACAGAAAAUGAAAAACUAGAAAGUAUAUGUUUAGUAGAAAAUAGUAUCAAAAAAAUAAAAAAUGAUUUAGAUGUAGAUAAAAAUGUCGGCAUAGAUGUUAAUAGCGAAAAAAUCAACAAUAUGCAAAAUAAUAAAUUAAAACAUAUUGGAAAAAGUUCUAGAAUUAAUGCGCAAUUAACUGAAUAUAAUUAUGAUGCAAGAACUGAUUCGUCUCCUACUUCCAGACGAUUAGAUAAUUUAAUUAAUUCAUUGAAUGAACGAAAUGAAAUAAAAACCCUUUGUAAAAAGAAGGCCAACUGUUUUAAUUUGAGUGAUCCUUUAGAUCAAAAUGAUUUCAAGGAAUCGUUUUUUAUGAAUGUUUUUAACUCGGAGAAAAGUAAUUCAAAAAAUACAUGUAUAAAUAAUAUUGAAUUAAAUGAUAAUGUAAAUAUGGAUAUUAAAUGUGAAAAUGUAAAUAAAAAUAACAUAAAAAAUGAAGAAAGUAAUUCUGACGAAAAUUUAGAUUUAAAUAUUAAACAUAAAAUAUAUGUAAACAAUGAAAUUGAAAAUAAAGCAACUUCUUCAAAUAUAAAAUUAAAUGAAAAUAAUGAACAAGACGUAAUACAACUACAAGAAAUAUUUCCUGAUUUGAAUAAUAUCGAUUCCAAUGUAGUUGCAUUAUUACCUCCACAUUUGCAAGAAGAAGCAAAAUUAUACAUGAAACUAAAAGAUAAAAGGGAUAAUACAAAAGAAAUUUUAAUGAAAACAUCAAAGAGAAAAAAUAAAUGUACAACUAAUAGCUUAAAAGGAAAAAGAAGCAAUGAUAUUUCUAACUUCUUAAUUAAAAAAAAUUCACCUAAUUUAAUUGAAGUUCCUUCUAAACAAUGUCCAAAAUGUUAUCAAAUGAUACCUAUAUCAAAAUAUCAGGAACAUUGCGACUUUCAUGUAGCUGAAAGUUUGCAAUGGGACAUAAGUAAUUCAGUAUUACAUACUACAAAUAUAAAAAGAAAGGAAAAUACAGAUGAUAUAGAUAUAGAUACGAAUUCUAUUAAACGUCGACCAAAUACAAAUAUUUUAAAUUCUCACAAGAAUUACAAAUCCAUAACAUCAUUUUUUUCGGAAUGAGAUUAAAAAAUUAUAAAGAAUAUUUUAUUUAUCAUUUAUAAAAAUAUCCAUUAUAUAUAAGUGACAUGUAGUCAAAUAUGUAUA